GACGGCUUAUUCAAAAUUAAGCCCAAAAAUUAGUGGAUUAUUAUUUGGGAAAGAGUUGUAUGUCUUGUGUUGGAAGUGCUUAGAGGGUAGGGAUGGCUGACCAACAGUUCCAUUCGGGCCAUUCUGGCGGCCAUUCGGGUCACUCCGGCCAACACGUGUCGCCCAUCUAUGCUCUUCAGCCGCAGUGCUAUUCCACACCAUAUGUGAGCCAACAGUCGACCGAAACGGUGACUCAUUUGCGGUCCCUUCAGUCCCUUCAGGAACAGCUGAACUCACUUCAGCAACAGAGGGAUCAGUUGCAGAAAGAGCUCAAUAACGAGAAGCAAAAAGUGAUGCAAAUAUCACAGCAAUUGUCGGCUCAGCAACAGUUGAGUCUUCAGAUGCAACAGCAAUACGACCAACAGCUCAGAGCUCUUCAGUUUGAAUUAUCCAAAUACAAGACACCGCAGACUUCACACGAAGCCAUCGUUCAGACCACACAUCAGUCACUCUUCCCGACCGUCAAUAAGUCGGUGCGAGUGAGCGAUGAGCACAACGUGUGCGACACGUGUCAGUUCCGCUCCAAAUCACAGGUCUCUCUUCUCCUGCAUCAAGUGAACCACGGGUUGACUCAAAAACACCUUCAAUUGCCCACAACUAUCUUCACCACCAAAAACAACAACAACUCAUUCCUCUACAGAUGUCCACAGUGUGAGGGAAAGUUCACUCGACAUGAAGUGUAUUCACACAUAUAUCAGUUCCACACUCAAGAACAGCCCGUAGUGACGUGUCUUACACUAGAUAAGAACGGCUUGUUCAAGAGUAAGAACAGUCCACUCGUCUCAUCGCCCGGUUCUUCGUCCGCAUGGAAUUCAUUGGAGACAAUCAUUUCGUCCACAAUCGGCACAUUCGACGAGACGACCACUACUAUCGGUGCCAUCACUGACUCGAGUCCGCAGAUAAUGGCCAAUAGAGUGCAGCAAACAGUGAAUCCAAUAAUACCGAAACCGGCGCCGAUUCACGUGGAGAAGUCUGACGGAGAAUUCAAGUGCGCGUACAGUGACUGCGGGUUCGCCACCAAUACUAAGGAAAGACUUGAGUUUCACUUAAGCGCUCACAAGAACUCAAAGUACAAAUGUCCGUAUUGUCCAUAUGUGGGCAAUGUUUUGGUGGAUAUUCGGCGACACAUCCAGAAGAGUCAGAAGCAUCAGGGCUUUCAUGUGUUUCAAUGCCAGAAAUGCGAUUACGGAUCCAAUUGUGAAAAGACAUUUAAGGAUCACUUAAGACAAAUACAUUUCGGUAAAGAAGUGACCGAAAAAAUGAUUAAUUCAUUCAUUGAUGACAUGUUCUCCAAUGAAAGUGGAAAACUGUCGGUUCAAUAA